CCUGCGACGCGUUCUCCGCCACCUGGCACCUGGGGCGGGGCCUGCAGAUAUGGGCUCCACCUGGAAGAAUCCCGGGUGGGUGCGGCUCGCGCUUUGCGUUGCGGGCCUGGUGCUGUCUUUUUACGCGCUACACGUGAAGGCGGCGCGCGCCCGCGACCGGGACUACCGCGCGCUCUGCGACGUGGGCACUGCCAUCAGCUGUUCUCGCGUCUUCUCCUCCAGGUGGGGCCGAGGCUUCGGGCUGGUGGAGCAUGUGCUGGGAGCAGACAGCAUCCUCAAUCAAUCCAACAGCAUAUUUGGGUGCAUUUUUUACUCGCUACAACUGCUGUUAGGUAGCCUGCAAGGACGCUGGGCCUCUAUCCUGCUGGUGCUGAGUUCCCUGGUGUCCCUUGCUGGUUCUAUCUACUUAGCCUGGAUCCUGUUCUUCGUGCUCUAUGAUUUCUGUAUUGUUUGCAUCACCACCUAUGCUGUUAAUGUGGGCCUAAUGUGGCUUAGCUUCCGAGGAGUCCAGGAACCCCAGGGCAAGGACAAGCGGCACUGAGGCCUCACCCCAAACCAGGAUGACCGCAUCUACUUUGCUUUGGCCCAUAACUCUUGCCCAACCAGGCCAUGUCUGGGUACCUCGAAGGCCCUGCAUUCUCCCCUACCCCAUCCAUAAUCACACACAGCAAAAUGGACCAAAUGUGCCUCUAGCUCUUUCUCCAAGGGCUGGCUUGGGAGGGAAGGUUCUAAGCAAUAAAAUUUCCUAAGUAAGUUGGCCA